AUGCCAUGCCAAGGGAUUCAUUACCAAUAUCGACGGGCAAGUCGAACAGCAGCAUCCUAUGGUCGCUGGUGUCUAUCGCGCAGCCCUGGCGCAACGCGAAACCACCACAUCGCAGACUCCGCUGAGAUUUUGCAAGCCGCACGUGAGUUCUACAAGGAGAAUCGAUCAACGAUCAAGUUUCCCUACAACCAGCCCACCCUCGGUUAUGUCAUCAAAUGGCUGUCAGAGCUGGGCAAGACCACGGAGCUCGAUGGACUCCUUGCGUACGCCGAUAAGCAUCUUCAGCCGACCUGGGAGAAUGGGGGCCUCUACUAUCCGCGUAAUGAUAUCGCGACAGACGAGGAAGGUCAUUGGACGCAUAUGGAUCCGUUCUCCGGCAAUUCUGCCAUUGGAUAUGCACGAUUGAAUGUCGAAAACGGACAGAAGAUCAUGAUGCACGCACCGUGGACGAAGGAGACUCUGGUUGAUCGUCCAUUUGUAGAUGGAUUGGACUUGUCGCAGGGCAUGGAUUGCUUGUGA